AUGCCUCAGGUGGAAGAGAAGCGAGGUGACGGGCUACGAGUGGCACCCCCCGGGAUCUAUCGCCCUGACACCAGGGCAGGAGCCAGGACCGACAGUGGAACCACUGCAGAACCCGUUGUCCAAAUCGCCAAAGCAAUCCAGCAUCAAACAGCAGAAUUGGCUUCUUUGGUUCGUCAACAAACCGAAGGAGCAGGAGGUCAGGUCCCCGGUACAAUCCGGGGGCUCAACAAACAAUCAGAAGAACUGGUCUUCUUGCUUCGGGCGUGUGGCCAGUAUCGAGUGCGUGUUGGUGCGGAAGAGCACGGUCAGGCACUAGCAAACUCGUUGCUGUCCGCUCAGAUAGGAGCCUCGACCAAGCUUCGAGCAGCAGGCUUCCGCCAACGGAUGUCAACACGGCUGGCAGUUGGAAUUGCAGGGCCAUACUGGGGCAUUCAGGAGAAGUAUGGCCUGAGCGCCGCGGACUUCCUUUCCUACACGGACGCUGAGCUCGACCAGUUUGCUUCUGAGGCCAAGGUGAUGAAGAACACCGACCAAAGACCUCCUCCUCCGUCCAGGUUCGAUGAGUGGACCGCCCGAGUACGACGCCAGACAGAUGUGUGGUGCCUGGUUUAUGGGGAGGAAUGGAGAGCCGUUCGGAACAACGCCCUCAACCUCUUGUCGGAGUGGCAUCUGUCCCAUCCUCACAGGUGGCCGCUGGCCAUAGUCAUCGACAUCUGGGAGGAGAUUCACUGGCGAUUUCUGGAGGAGCUCAAGGACGUGCUUCGGAGCCUCAAGAAGGAGAUUGGUAGGGAAACGAUCAGCCUCACCGAGCUCAAGUUCCAUGCGCUACUUCCCGGACCAGAUGGACAGGCAUGGCUGGUGAUGCCCACGACCUUCGACAUCGAGAAGCCCGACUCAUGGUUCCAGACCGAGGUCCUCCCAAGGAUCGAGAGGAAGCAAGACCGCCUCUUAUGGAAUCUCACUUGGCAGGGCGGUGCCCGGAAGGAUCGCAACCCGGCAGCACCAGCUGGAGGAGCAGGGGAGAGUGCAGGAAGCUUGAGUUCGCAGUCCAAACCCACUCUCAAGUCGUUGUGGGGGCCCAAGCUGACUCCGGAGGAGGUCGGAAUGGCCAAAGAUCGGGCCCCUUUGGACCGCCACGGCAAGUUGCUCUGCUGGGGAAACCUGUGCCACAUUGGCUGCCAGACGACAGGUUGUCAGCGCUCCCAUGAAGGACUUCGCGGCUCUUUCGAGAAUCUGGACCCGUGUGUGCAAAUGCAACUCCUCAAAAGAGGUGGACUGAAGCGGAUGAAGCUCGAGAGCCCGGAUACCGUGACCACCAAGAUCAAAGACAUCCGGUCCAAGAUGCGAGUCGAGAAGACUGACAAGAUCCAGGACGGAAAGAAGCGAGCGAAGGCUGGGAGCACCCCUGCAACUGUCGGGACAGAAUCUGGAGAGCAGGAGGUAACGGAAGAUGGCCGAGCUGGAGGAGAAGGGCCAAAGGUGCGAUUUUGGGACGUCCCCGAGGAGUUCGAAGUCGACUACACCAAGGGCGAGGACCUCAAGGAUGUGAUUCAAGGGCCGGACUAUGCAUGGCAUCGAGAUGUUCAUCGUGAUCUUCCACCUCAUCGUGGUCGGGAUGGGACUUCGGCACCGCAGGAGGCAAAGCACCUGGUCCAGAAAGCCAAGGAGCUAGGCAAGUCCUCCGCUCUCCAGGCACUGGAGGGAGCCACUGACGACUUGUAUGCAUGGGCCGCCGCUAGGGUUGCCAGGGAACCCGGAGUCGAACUCUCUUCACUUCUUCAGGAAAUGGCGACCUACGGGAUGGGUGAGCUUGCACGGGAAGCGGCUGAACUAUUGGAGCAACGGGAAGGAACUAAAGCAGGCUCAGCUCGACUGGUGGUUCGAGACACUCUGUGGGCAGAGGGGCAACCAGGGCAAGGAAGCGUCGAGCUCGACGGCACCACUUGGCGGCUGUGGGACUAUCAGGAGGACGUCAUGAUGACGGAGGACCUGGCGGCACUUCUUCACCUACCAGAGGUGUCCAUUGAGCGGCGGCAGUGCGUGACCAUCACCAUUGCGGCUAUGGUUGAGUGGAAGGAGAAGAGCCGACGGCCGUCAGUGGAGCAGGUUCAGACCAGAGCACAAAGCCUGAGGCUGGAGCAGACUCGGCUAGCAGUGGACGCGGCCAACACCAUCGGCGAGGCGGAGGAGAUGGUCGCAGCUGUGGAACACGAAGUCAGGACCUACAUCCAUGACCUCACUACAGCUCACCACGAGAAGGACUUUCGCUCGUUGGCGGUCUUCCCUUUGGAAGCCCUUGCGGACUGCCGAUUGGUGGUUUUUAGGGCGGACUACCGAGGGGGCUUGGUCGUGGAGUGCAUCAUUGGGUCCAACUGGAUAGAUGGGGGUUGGACGACCUUCGCACUGAUUUGGAAGGGGCACAUGGUCCUUUUGGAACCGCCGGACGGCUAUGACCUGGAGCGCUUCCUGGCCCGAGAGGACCCCCAGACCACACCUGCGAUGGGGUUUACGUUCUUUUGGCAUGCUCGUCAUGAUCAACCUUCCACCGCACCAGGCAAGAUUUUCUGCAGGUUGUGCAAAGCAGGCCGCAAAGCUGGGGAGUCGCUCAACGCACCAAGGCAUAGCUGCUUGUCCUACACGGCCGCCACCGCUGGAGGCACCAUGGACAUCCACCAUGACCACAAUGUGAUUCGGGCGGUUCGGAGUGCAGGCCAGCCACAUGAACCGGGGCAGCUGGUGCUAAGGGAGUUCUUUGCCGGGAAAGGUGGCAUCUCUGCGGAGUGGAGCAGGACGAGCCCGAGCAUGGAGCCGGUCGAGGUCUACGAGCAUCCACAUGACAAGCAGGGCUACAGGGCACACUUUGACUUGAGCCGAAAGGAUGUCCAUGACAAAUUUCUGGCAGAGGUGCGUACCGGGCCUUCCAAUGUGCAUUGGAUUGCAGCCCCAUGCACGAGCUACUGUGACUGGCAGCAGAAGAAUGGUGGGACUCGCACCUUCGAGUGUCCCGAAGGCACUGGACAGGGACCGUUAGCAGCGACUGAGGCAAUGGGCAACAUUUUGAGUGCGCACGCUGCUGAGCUCUUCGAGGCUUCGUUGGAUUCUGGUGCCUUCCCUCUCGUCGAGUCCAGUGGGGUCAGUGGACGGUACCCCAAGCAAUGGGACCUGCCGUGCUGGAAGCGCAUCCUCAACCGGCCGGACGUAGAGUACGUUGACCUGCCCAUGUGCGCCUUUGGUCUUGGUCCCCCUGAUGAGCCAGAUCAUUUCUAUGUGCACAAGACCAGGGUGGUCUUCCCACUGCAUCCACCGUUACGGCGAGCGCUUCGACGAGUCUGUCCGGGCCUGUCAACCUCGCACCGGCACAUCGGGCUGAAGGGUUGUCGCGACGGCCAAACCGUCACUCGCUGUACUGAAGCCGGGGUGUACGCCCAGAACUUUGUGUCAGUCGUGGUGGCGGUGCUCCAAGCGGUCUUCGGGAUCGAGGCGGAGACGAUGGAGAAGAUGGAGGUGCCCUACUACCUGGUGACCGUGAAGAGGCUGGCGGAGACGGUGAGGAUGACCUACCUGGAGACCUACCCGGAGACGAUGACGGAGGACAUGACGGAGAUGGUGGAGGCGUUCAACGAAACGAUCAACCCGAUGGAGAUGGCAAAGGGGAUGGCUUGUUGGAAUCGAUGGGCUUCGGGAACCACUCGGCGAGCCGCCACGGAGACGGGCCGUGAUCUCAGCAAAGGACCGGGUGAUCCCUAUGCCGUGGAGACCAAUGAGAAGCUCAUCCGCUCCAGCUGGAGCCCGAGAAAGAUCCCCGCGAGGGAGUUCCAGACCAGGGUGGAAUACCCGUAUGGCCUGUCGCGGGCGGAGCGAUAUCGCUUGGCAUGUGAGAAAGGAAAGGGCAAAGGCACCUCCUCUCGAGGCGCCGGGCCAGCUCCAGGAGAUCCUGACCAAGGAGAAGGGGAGACCCUGCAGGGAGCAAUGUGGAGAGUUCAUGAUGAACCCCGGACGACCCUGUACGUCCCGUCGGAGAUUGGUCUUCCUACACCGCUUGCCCACCUAACCAACGAGAGGGUCACCCACCUGCGAGAAGGGGCGAACCAGGUUAUCAUCACGGAUGAUUGGCGGGCUGCCGGAGGGGCUGAUCCAGGCUAUGGCAAGUGGACGGGCGUGACCGUCUUCACCAGCCAGGAGAUGCCGGUUGUCGACGACGAGGCGAUCCCGUGUGAGGACGACUGGGAGUGGGGCGCCGACGAAGAUGAGGGACCCGACCCGGGAGAAGAUGACGGACCGGAGCCCGAGGUGAGUGUCCAAGUGGAGUCAGGCCCGACGGCCUACGCCGGGAGCGAGGCACGUGAUGGCCCAGGUUCGGCCUACCAAGCACCGACUACAGCAGCACGGCAGGCAGCGGAGGAGUAUGUCAAGGCGAUUGAGCAGGACUUUGACAACACUCCUAUGGGUUGGGCGGCCGUGCUACGGGCGGGCAACAAGCUGGUUGAGGUCGCGGGUGGAGUGCGCCAAGCUGCUGAAAGCCUCUGGGAGGUAAGGGAGAAGGCCGGAAUGAUGAACCUAGCCCAGGUGGAUGACCCGGGGCUGGACCGGGUGUUACACCCCCACCUCCUGGAAUAUCUUCGGGAUGUUCGACGAUAUGGCAUGGCGGCCAGGUUCCAAGGGCUUCGGACCAGAGCCUUUGCGAAGCUUCACCCCAAUGCACGACGCCACGUUGACAAGGUCUUUGCCCAGGUCGCUAAGGAUGUGGGAAAGCAGAGGGUGUUGGUAGUCAGUGCCAUGAUGCCUCAGCUGAGCGGGACGAUGGCCUCACCUUUUGAGGCGGUGCAGAAGCUCAAGCCAGAUCGCUCUGUGUCGGAGGAGGUGAGAGUGGUCCACGACCAAAGGACCAUCAACCAUGGGACGAACAAGUUCCUUCACCCGCCGGCCCUUCAACCUACCCACUCACAGAUUGCCAAGCGCAUCCUAUGGGCUAAGGGUCGAUGCCCGGGCUUGCCGGAUGUAGAGUUGUUCGCCGGGGAGCUGCCGUGGAACCCGAGGAAGGCCUUUCCGAACGCCACGGACGAAGAGAUUCACUUGGAGGGCAUUCCGGGCGGGGACAUCACGGUGGUCUACUUGGUCUCCAGCUUCGGGUUCAGUGGUAGCCCAGGAGAAUGGACUGUAUGGGGGCGUAGCACGGAGGAAUUCCAUCGAGCUCACUGCCCGUCGGUUCCACGGAGAGACAUGGGCCAUGGUUUCGAUUGCAAGGUCCUGGUCGACGACGGAGUGUUGGUGGAGCCCUGGGUGGGACUGAGGCCGUGGGUGAGCGCGGAGGUGUUUGAGCACGGCAUCAGGACGCUCCUGGGGAACAAGGCGGUGAAUGAGGAGAAGGACAAGGUGGAAGGAGCCUUCAAGACCGCACAAACGGUCUGGGGGGUGAUCAUGUGCACGGAGGGCGAGACUGCUACGCUUCCAGAGCGACGCAUUCAGAAAGGGGCGGUCCUUCUAGCUGAUAGCUGCUUUGACUACGGCUCCAAGGAGGUCACCCUGAAGCAGCUACAACAGUUCAGAGGCAUCUUGACCGGAUGGGCAGCCAUCGUGAAGGGGCUGGUGAACGAGCUCAAGGCGGCGGACAAGUUUCUUGCGGGCCGUGAUGGGCAUCAGAAGGUGAAUCCCCGACUACGUGGGGAAGGCAGCCAGGCCUGGGAGGCAGACCGGGCAUGGGAGGAUCUAUGGGAGCUUUUUGAGGUCUGCCGCUGGCUGAGUGUGCGGACGGAUCGAUGGGAAUCCUUUGCCACCGGCCUGAGAUCUAUGCUUCCCACUAUGGAGAGAUUGAGCUUGCCUGGAGAGUGGGAGAAGGUCAUUUGGGUGUCAUCCGACGCUACGCCUACCAUGGUGGGAGCCAUCGAUUGGACCAACAGACAGGUGACGCGCCUUCCCACCGGGACCUUGAAAGCGUGGGCUGCUCGGGCUCUGUCAGACCAUGAGAUUGGGGACCAGGAGACCGACCUCGUGAUUCACCUGGGUGAGAUGCUGUCUUUCGUUGCCUUCGCAUGUGCAGCAGGGGACCAGUGGAAAGGGGCAGUAGUGGCCUAUGGGGGAAGAAUCCUCAUCAGGGCCCUCAACCUGGCGGAGAUGAAGUACAACUUCACGGUCGUGAGCGGAUGGUGGCGGACCUAUCACAACGUCCACGCGGACUUCAUCACGCGGUGCACCCAGGAGGAAUUCGAGGGCUUCGUGAAGGAGAAGGGCCUUCAGGUGCUGGACAUCUCUGCGGCGAUCCACGGCGCUCUGGAGGACUCGGCCCGAUAUGGGGCAUGCUUCCUUUGGGGCCCAGAGAAAGAAGGUGAUCGUGCACUGCAACUUCAGCUCCGUGAGAGAAGGGUGUCAAAACAGAUCCAAAGGGAGCUCGAGAUUCCGUGGAAAGCCUUCGCCAAGGAGUGGACCCCCUCGGGAAGGUGGCUGAAAGAUUUUGAAGCCCUGGGAGGAGCCCUAGGAGCGGCCAUCGAGGACGUUGGUGACCGGCCGGUGCUCUUGUGCGCCACGCUUGGAGUGGACUACAAAGGGAAGCACAUGGAGCAGUACCUCCGCAACCUUCAACACGAAGGAGCUCGUUUGGGGCUGGUCGAAGGACCUGGGAAGGUCGAUUGGGAGCGAGGGCAGCGACACUGUGAGAGCCGAGGAUGGGGCUAUGGGAUCGUCGACUUCAUCACCACCGAGAAUGGGGAGGCGUUGACGAGGAGAAGGCGGUGCUUGGUGGUGAACCCACAUGGUGCUCUACCUGAGGCAUGGGAGGAGUUUCUGGUCAGAGCUAUGGGGCCGGCACCAAUGAGUUCACUGCUGAAACCAAAGGAGCACCAUGAACUGUGUUGGACCAAGCCGCUGCGUUUGGAGCUGGAGAGCGGCAUCCCGAGAGAUCGAAUGCUACCUCAACCAGCAGGUCAUGUCUGGUGGGGCGAAGAACGUGAGGUGAUCCAUGGGAUUGGAGGCCCUGGUCGGUGGCCCUUGUUGUCAGACGACGGGAGCAGUUUACAGGGCUACUAUGUCUACAAUCGCCGAGGACCUGGAGGCCAUGUUCGUCGUCUUGACCCGGAGGAACUAUGGGUUCUACAAGGGCGUCAGCUUCGAGACCUACCAGCCAACAUCCCUGCCGAGGUUGCGGCGAUCGAAGGGGUCCGGGCCACGAAAAUUCAAACUGCCGCGAACCUGGUGACCAUGGGAGGCCAAAUCCUCUGUGAGCUGAUCGCCCGUGAAGCUGGGGAACUGAACCCGGGUAAGGCCGGGAUGAUGCCGGACGCCACCGGAGCGGAGGCCAUGGCCCAGAUCCUGCUGUGGCUCAGAAGGUGGAAGAGAGGAGAGUUGAGGCGGAGCCCGCCGUCCUAUGAGGCCGACACCACCAGGGCUGGUGGCGGCACGGGGCCACCGCUGAGGAGGCUGUGGAGGUGGUCGGAGGCGUGGUGGUGGGCUCAAUGCAUGGACGAGGAAGAGGAGGACGAUGCCUACACCCUGGAGUUUGCCAACGAGAUCAAGGGUUCCUAUGCUGGCGGACGGACCAAAGCCAAGACCGACCCGCUCAAAGUUGCCGAGAAGGUGAGAGCCCAGGCCGUUCACCUCACCAAGAGUCUCGCCCCGUUUUGCGGUGAUGUUCGUGAAAGGGUCGAUGAAUGGCUGGAGGAGAACAUGACUGGGGACAAGAGUGCCGCGACGGAGAAGGCCUAUGGCGGAGCGUGGAUGAAGUGGUGCGCUUGGGCUAGAAGACAGGGCUGGCCAGAUGAGUUCCUCAACCGCAAUGUGGACCCGAUUGAGAACGAGAACCGGGUGCUGGCCUACGUGGGUUACCUGGGAUGGCUGGGCGCCUCGCCCAAUACCAUCCGUCAACACAUCUUCGCGAUGAAGAUGGUGCACAAAAGGAGUGGCAGGACCGAUCCCUUGGAUGGAAUGCAUCGGGUGUGGAUCCUCGUCAACGCCUUGGAUCGGAGAUCGACUACCAGGAAGCCACGGCGCUUGGGGGUCACGCCUGAGAUGUUAGUAUGGUUGGGCGAGAAUCUGGUCGACCCGCUAGUGAAUGACCGGCAUUCAAUUCCGUACGCGGAGGCAGUGAUGGUCGUGGCGGCCUUGGAGCUGGCGCGGUUCUUCAUGCUGAGGGCCAAGGAGUUCGGGGAAUCGAACGGAGUGGACGAGAGCAUGAUCACGAGGGGCUGUGACAUCCGCCUGUCUCACCAAGGAGUGGCGAAACCGGUGGGGGAGGCGACCGAGAUUUCCCUCUUCUUCCGGAAGACCAAGAAUGACCAGCUGGCCUUCGGGGACACCAAGACGCUGCAGGCCACGGGGAGGAAGCACCUUUGCCCAGUCGAAGCACUGGACCGUAUGAGGCAAGUCUGGACGAUGCGGUUUUUGCCAGGCCAUGCCGAGAGCACCAAGCCGCUGUUCAGAUGGAGCAAUGGCCAGGUCAUCAAGAGGAUCGAGAUCCAGCACUUCCUCCAGGAGGCAGCGGUUGGAGUGGGCUUGCCGCCAGGGAGGUUCAUGUCCCACUCUUUGAGGAUUGGUGAGGCGUCAGCUUUGUUCCAGUCGACUGCCGACAUUGAGUUGGUGAAGCGAGCGGGAAGGUGGUCCUCCUCUGCGGUGCAACGCUACCUCUUCGAUGGGGGGUCGGUCAGCGCAGUCUCCAAGAAGAUGGCCGCGGUCGGAGAUGUGACCACCUUUAGAUGA